CUGCUAGGCCAUGCCGCCGGGCCUGAGUCCAAUAAUCUUUUAAAGAAAUUCUCUAGAUAAUUCUUAGAAUGGUUUACCUUUGAGAAAUGAGAUCUAAGUUUCUCCCAGUUUUGACCUAUCAUGGGCGAGCCUGGAGAGGGUGAGUGAUAACUCCCAUCUUUUAGCCUUGCAAUAGGCUUGCACACUUUUUAAUCUUGACUGGCUUAUUGCUAGGAAUAGUUCUUUGAAAGGAUUUGUGUUUUUGUGGUUAGUAAAUUCAUAUUCUACAGCUAAUUUUUUUCCUUUUCAAUUAUGUUUUAGGAUGGAUCGGUAGUUCUUGACUCUUGUGAAGUAUCAUCAGAAAAUGAUCAAAGCACUCGAUUCCCAAAGCCUGAGUUAGAGAUUCAGUUCACACCUCUGCAUCCCAACAGAAUGGCGGUGAAGCACGCUGGUUGUGCUACACCAGUGACAGUUAAGAUUUCCAAGGCUCGGAAGAGGAAGAGCAAUGAAAUGGAGGAGGACUUUGUGAAAUGUGAGAAUAAGAAGAAUGCUACUCCCAGAAGUAAUUUGGACUUCCCUGUUUCAGAGCAUAGAAAUUCUUCCAUCAAAAAAGAACAGAAGGUUUCCAUACGUCCAUCACCUAAGAAAACAUACUCUUUACGGAGUCAGGCACCCACGAUAGAUGUAAACUUGACCACUAAGAAAAAAGAAGGAACAUUUCAGAAAUUUGGAGACUCCUUACAGCGUUCUCCAACAAUUCUUCAGUCAAAAGUCCCUCCGCUCGACUUGGAGACUUGGAGCUCGGGGUACGUGGCGACGCGGGCGUUGCCAACAGUCUUCUUACAGGUAGGAUUGUUGAUUGAUGAGGUUAUUCUGAGAAAUUGCUGGUCUCCUGUCGGGCCAGGUCUAGAUACGCAGUUCUAAUAGGAAUCGCUCAGAAUGAUGUAUUCACAGCUUUGAUCGCUUCAGCCUUUGCUUGUGUGUGACUAUAUUACGUACAUUCGGCCUGGCGUGCCCAAGUAGAACCGUGACCUGUUUGGA